GAGGCGGGAGGCGUGGAGGGGCUGCUGAGGGGCGUCCGGUUACGUCUCCGCCUUCCUCAGCCUGGUCCACCGAGCCGCUAGGUUUGCGGGACAGCAGUUCGGGAACAUGUUGGCCGCGAUGCGCCGGAGCGGGGCUGCGUGGACGCGGGCGCUGCUGCUGCAGCUGCUGCUGGCGGGGCCCGGGGGCUGCCUGAGCCGCCAGGAGCUCUUCCCGUUCGGCCCGGGACACGGGGACCUGGAGCUGGAAGCUGGGGACGACCGUGUCUCCCCAGCCCUGGAGCUGAGGCAGGCGCUCCGCUUCUUCGACAAAUCCGACAUCGACUCGGUCUACGUCACCACAAAUGGUAUUAUUGCCAUGAGUGAACCCCCAGCCAAAGAAUCCCAUCCGGGGUACUUCCCACCGACCUUUGGAGUAGUUGCACCUUUUCUGGCAGACUUGGACACGACAGAUGGCCUUGGGAAGGUUUAUUAUCGGGAAGACUUAUCCCCCUCCAUCACUCAGCUAGCCGGAGAGUGUGUCCAGAGAGGGUUCCCAGAAGUCUCUUUCCAGCCCAGUAGCGCGGUGGUUGUCACUUGGGAAUCCGUGGCCCCCUACCAGGGGCCCAGCAAGGACCCUGACCAGGAAGGCAAGAGAAACACAUUCCAGGCUGUUCUGGCCUCCUCUGAUUCCAGCUCCUUUGCCAUUUUCCUCUAUCCUGAAGACGGUCUGCAGUUCUAUACAACAUUCUCAAAGAAGGACGAGAACCAAGUUCCCGCUGUGGUUGCAUUCAGUCAAGGUGUACAGGGAUUAUUCUGGAAGAGUGAAGGAGCUUAUAAUAUAUUUGCUAACGACAGAGAAUCAAUUGGAAAUUUGGCCAAGAGCAGCAACUCGGGGCAGCAGGGCGUCUGGGUGUUUGAGAUAGGGAGCCCGGCCACAGCCAGUGGUGUGGUGCCCUCCGAUGUGAGUCUCGGACUGGACGACGGAGCAGAGUAUGAUGAUGAAGACUACGAGUCAGUGACACAUCUGGACCUGGAGGACGCGAGCACGACACCUUUCCCCUAUGAGGCUCGGAGGAGGGGAGACCCGGGCACACACAGCGUGCCCCGUGUCCUCUCCCCCCGCCGCCUGCCUACUGAGAGACUCCCCGGACCUCCCACGGAGAGGACCAGGUCUUUCCAGCCACCAGCAGAGACAUUUCCCCAACAGCACGCGCAGGUCAUAGAUGUGGAUGAAGUUGAGGAGACAGGAGUGGUGUUCAGCUACAACACGGAUUCCCGCCAGACCUGCGCCAACAACAGACACCAGUGCUCCGUGCAUGCCGAAUGCAGGGACUUCGCCACGGGGUUCUGCUGCAGCUGCGUGGCUGGUUAUACGGGGGACGGCCGGCAGUGUGUUGCAGAAGGUUCCCCCCAGCGAGUUAAUGGCAAGGUGAAAGGAACGAUCUUUGUGGGGAACAGCCCGCUCCCUGUUGUCUUCGAGAACACCGACCUCCACUCGUAUGUGGUGAUGAACCACGGGCGCUCCUACACAGCCAUCAGCACCAUUCCAGAGACCGUUGGCUAUUCUCUGCUUCCUCUGGCCCCUGUCGGAGGCAUCAUUGGAUGGAUGUUUGCGGUGGAACAGGACGGGUUCAAGAAUGGGUUCAGCAUCACAGGAGGCGAGUUCACCCGUCAGGCCGAGGUGACCUUCGUGGGGUCCCCGGGCAAGCUGAUCAUCAAGCAGCAGUUCAGCGGCAUCGACGAGCACGGACACCUGACCAUCGACACGGAGCUGGAGGGCCGCGUGCCCCAUAUCCCGUUCGGCUCCUCGGUGCACAUCGAGCCCUACACGGAGCUCUACCACUACUCCCGUGGGGUGAUCACCUCCUCCUCCAUGCGGGAGUACACUGUGAUGGAGCCUGAGCAAGAUGGAGCUGCCCCUUCCAACAUCUACACUUACCAGUGGCGCCAGACCAUUACCUUCCAGGAAUGCGCCCAUGACACCUCCCGGCCGGCCCUGCCCAGCACCCAGCAGCUCUCAGUGGACAGCGUGUUUGUCCUGUACAACCAGGAGGAGAAGAUCUUGCGCUAUGCGCUAAGCAACUCCAUCGGUCCCGUGAGGGAAGGCUCCCCAGAUGCCUUGCAGAAUCCUUGCUACAUCGGCACUCACGGGUGUGACACCAAUGCAGCCUGUCGCCCUGGCCCCAGGGUUCAGUUCACCUGCGAGUGCUCCAUCGGCUUCCGAGGGGAUGGAAGGACCUGCUCUGAUAUCGAUGAAUGUUCAGAACAGCCCUCGGUGUGUGGGAGCCACGCAAUCUGCAAUAAUCACCCCGGAACCUUCCGUUGCGAGUGUGUGGAAGGCUAUCAGUUUUCAGAGGAGGGAAAGUGUGUGGCUAUUGCGGACCAACGCCCCAUCAACUACUGUACCACCGGUCUCCACGACUGCGACAUACCCCAGCGGGCUCAGUGUAUCUACAUGGGAGGGGCCUCAUACACCUGUUCCUGUCUGCCAGGCUUCUCUGGGGAUGGCCGAGCCUGCCAAGACGUGGAUGAAUGCCAGUCAAGCCGAUGUCACCCCGAUGCCUUCUGCCAUAACACUCCAGGCUCCUUCACGUGCCAGUGCAAACCGGGUUAUCACGGAGACGGCUUCCACUGUGUACCUGGAGAAAUGGAGAAAACCCGAUGCCAACUGGAGAGAGAACACAUCCUCAGGGCAGCGGGGGUGACGGGCCCACAGCGGCCAGGCCUGUUUGUCCCUGAGUGUGACGAGCAUGGGCACUACAUGCCCACCCAGUGCCACGGCAGCACGGGCCAGUGCUGGUGCGUGGAUCGUGACGGCCGUGAGCUGGAGGGCACCAGGACCAGGCCCGGGAUGAGGCCUCCCUGUCUGAGUACAGUGGCUCCGCCGAUUCACCACGGACCCUCCGUUCCUACUGCUAUGAUCCCCCUGCCACCUGGGACCCACUUACUCUUUGCUCAGACUGGGAAAAUAGAGCGCGUCCCCCUGGAAGGAAGCACCAUGCAGAAGACAGAAGCCAAGACAUUGCUUCACGCCCCGGAUAAAGUCAUCAUUGGACUGGCCUUUGACUGUGUGGACAAGAUGGUUUACUGGACCGACAUCAGUGAGCCUUCCAUUGGGAGAGCCAGUCUGCAUGGCGGAGAGCCAACCACCAUCAUUCGACAAGAUCUUGGAAGUCCAGAAGGCAUUGCCCUUGACCACCUUGGCCGCAACAUUUUCUGGACUGAUUCUCACUUGGAUCGAAUAGAAGUUGCAAAGCUGGAUGGCACCCAGCGCCGGGUGCUGUUUGAGACUGAUUUGGUGAAUCCCAGAGGCAUCGUAACGGACUCUGUGCGAGGGAACCUUUAUUGGACCGACUGGAACAGAGAUAGCCCCAAAAUUGAAACCUCCUACAUGGACGGCACGAACCGGAGGAUUCUCGUGCAGGAUGACCUGGGCUUGCCCAACGGGCUGACAUUUGAUGCCUACUCAUCUCAGCUCUGCUGGGUGGACGCAGGCACCAAUCGGGUGGAGUGUCUGAAGCCUGGGCAGUCCGGCCGACGCAGGCUUCUCGAAGGGCUCCAGUACCCUUUUGCUGUCACCAGCUAUGGGAAGCAUCUGUAUUACACGGACUGGAAGACGAAUUCCGUGGUCGCUGUAGAUCUUGCUGUUUCCAAAGAGACGGAUACCUUCCACCCCCACAAGCAGACCCGGCUAUAUGGCAUCACCACAGCCCUGUCUCAGUGUCCCCAAGGUCACAACUAUUGCUCAGUGAACAAUGGUGGUUGUACCCACCUCUGCUUGGCCACCCCUGGAAGCAGGACCUGCCGUUGCCCUGACAACACUCUGGGAGUUGACUGUAUCGAGCAGAAAUAAAGACAAGAGUGCCUCAUUUCCUCUGCAAGUAUUCAGCAGCACCCUACUUGAAAGGGUCCAGACUGAAAACUAUCUGACCUGGUGGCCACCAUGCCCAGGUCCUAUCCAGCCUGAGCCCCAACAGUGUUCCCCUCACUGUCCCCCAAAACAUAUGCCCUGGGCUUCCGGAAUGGGAAAGUCUCUUCCCCUACACACAGACAGAAAACCCUCCUGAGGGAGGAUUAUAUGCCCAUCCCAGUGCUCUGGAACCUUUCCCCAACUUAGCAGCCCAGUGGUGAACAGAGCCUCCCCAGGCCUGAGCUGCCCCCUCCCCUGUGGCCUUAUGAGCUCAGCCUCACUCUGACACACCUGCCAUUCGGUUAUCUCCCUGACACACCAGCCAGGGCCACCUAGGCGAGGCUGUGAAUGAAGGAGGGUGUUAAUCCUCCCCCGCUUUUCUCUUGGUGCUCGGAUUUCCCUCCUCCUAGCUUUUUCCCCCUGAGUCUGUACCACCUGCAUCCUGUCCAAGGUCCCCAUCACAGUGAGUAGUAAGCCUUGGCCUUCGUGCAAAACCCACCCUGUCU